AUUGGAGGCACGUUGCCUUUGAACAAAGCUCUCUGAAGAUCAACUGCCUCCCCGUCACAUUCCCUUCCCUGAAGCUGUUUGCUCUGGUUGUGCUGAGGGGUGAUGCCCAAGGUGCAUCACUUUUCAAGAACUGGAUCAUGAACAACUUUAUCCUCCUGGAAGAGCAGCUCAUCAAGAAAUCCCAACAAAAGAGAAGAACUUCUCCUUCAAACUUUAAAGUCCGGUUCUUUGUUUUAACCAAAACCAGCCUGGCAUAUUUUGAGGACCGCCAUGGGAAAAAGCGCACUUUGAAGGGGUCCAUUGAACUCUCCCGAAUCAAAUGUGUCGAGAUUGUGAAAAGUGACAUUAUCAUCCCAUGCCACUAUAAAUAUCCAUUUCAGGUUGUGCAUGACAACUAUCUCCUGUAUGUGUUUGCUCCAGAUCGUGAGAGUCGGCAGCGCUGGGUGCUGGCCCUUAAAGAAGAAACGAGGAAUAACAACAGUCUGGUGCCCAAGUAUCACCCUAAUUUCUGGAUGGAUGGGAGAUGGAGGUGCUGUGCUCAGCUGGAGAAGCUUGCAGUGGGCUGUGCCCAGUAUGAUCCCACCAAGAAUGCUUCAAAGAAGCCUCUUCCUCCUACUCCUGAAGACAACAGGCGAUCACUUCGGGAACCUGAGGAAACGCUGGUCAUUGCCUUGUAUGACUACCAAACUAACGAUCCACAGGAACUCACGCUGCAGUGCAAUGAGGAGUACUUCCUGCUGGACAGCUCCGAGAUUCACUGGUGGAGAGUUCAGGACAGGAACGGGCAUGAAGGAUACGUGCCAAGCAGUUAUCUGGUGGAAAAGUCUCCAAAUAAACUGGAAACCUACGAGUGGUACAAUAAAAGUAUCAGCCGAGACAAAGCUGAAAAACUUCUUUUGGACACAGGCAAAGAGGGAGCAUUCAUGGUACGAGAUUCCAGGACUCCAGGAACAUACACAGUGUCUGUGUUCACCAAGGCCAUCAUGAGUGAGAACAACCCUUGUAUAAAGCACUAUCACAUCAAAGAAACAAACGACAACCCCAAGCGAUACUACGUGGCUGAAAAAUAUGUGUUUGAUUCCAUCCCUCUCCUCAUCAAUUAUCACCAACACAACGGAGGAGGUCUGGUUACUAGACUCCGGUAUCCAGUUUGUUCCUGGAGGCAGAAAGCCCCAGUCACAGCAGGGCUGAGAUAUGGGAAAUGGGUGAUUGACCCCUCGGAGCUCACAUUUGUGCAGGAGAUUGGCAGCGGGCAGUUUGGGUUGGUGCAUCUUGGCUACUGGCUCAACAAGGACAAGGUGGCCAUCAAAACCAUUCGGGAAGGGGCCAUGUCAGAAGAGGACUUCAUAGAGGAGGCUGAAGUCAUGAUGAAACUCUCUCAUCCCAAACUGGUCCAGCUCUAUGGAGUGUGCCUGGAGCAGGCCCCCAUCUGCCUGGUGUUUGAGUUUAUGGAACACGGCUGCCUGUCAGAUUAUCUGCGCAACCAACGGGGGCUCUUUGCUGCAGAGACCUUGCUGGGCAUGUGUCUGGACGUGUGUGAGGGGAUGGCCUACCUAGAAGAGGCAGGUGUCAUCCACAGAGACCUGGCUGCCCGGAAUUGCUUAGUUGGAGAAAACCAAGUCAUCAAGGUGUCUGACUUUGGGAUGACAAGGUUCGUCCUUGAUGACCAGUACACCAGUUCCACAGGCACCAAAUUCCCAGUGAAGUGGGCGUCCCCAGAAGUCUUCUCUUUCAAUCGCUAUAGCAGCAAGUCGGAUGUAUGGUCAUUUGGUGUGCUGAUGUGGGAAGUCUUCAGCGAAGGCAAAAUCCCAUAUGAAAACCGAAGCAACUCAGAGGUAGUGGAAGAUAUCACCACUGGAUUUCGGUUAUACAAGCCCCGACUAGCCUCCCCGCAUAUCUACCAGAUUAUGAAUAAUUGCUGGAAAGAGAAACCAGAAGACCGGCCACCUUUCUCCAGACUCUUGAGUCAACUUGCUGAAAUCGCAGAAUUAGGACUUUAAAAGAGACUCAGUGGCAGGCCAUGGGCUGCAGAUCCUGAGUUGAGGAAGAAGGUCUUCCCUCCAUAGAGCAUUAAAAGCCACCACCAGCCCAGGACUCCCCAGAGGGAGCUGGCCUAUGGCUCCAGUCCCUAUGCUGCUGUGGAAGUCACGGCCUGGCCAAGGCUGGCACUGGGCCACAGGCUGGAGGCUCAGCCACUGGACUGGGAGUGGGGCCAGAGCAGCAGCCAUGUCUCUACCCGCUCCCCAGCCUCUUAUCUCAUGUGGCACACGAACCUCAAUUGACAGCCUUCAGGCAACAUUUCUUGCACUUCUUAGAGAAAGGGUGAGAUAGGGUAGGACCCUGGAUUAUUGUACUAUUAUCUUAAACAUAGACCUAAAGUUCGUGGUCAAGAGAUUUUUUUAUUUGACCCGACAACACAGAAUCCCGGGAUACAGGGCAAGAUGAACAAGGAGCAUGACUCUUUUUCAAGAAUGAAUGCGUUAAUUCAAGUCAGAAAGAGUAAGCUCUGCCUCUUGACAUUUGCGUCAGCCACAGCUUCCUAUCUUAGAGGAUGAUGGAACAGCUUCUUCCAUCAGAGGCCGGAUAUUCUGAGAAGCAGUUUUAUGAGCUGCUCAUAGAGGACAGGGCCACCCCUCUCCCUGAAGGGAGCACAACGAACUGGGGUGAACAAUUCUGAUCCCACUGCCAGAGCGUUGGGUACCUAGUGUCUUAGCAGAAAGAAGACAUCAGAUGGUGGAACCAACUGGUACAGAGAAAGGCUUCAGGUUGUUACCACUUGGAUGCUCACCUUUCCUACCAAGCCUGAAGGGUAACUCUGCCUCCCCUUAGCUUCUGAACAGACCACCCGAGGCCUCCAGGAACUGGUCUGCGCUGUUCCUCCCUCAUCAACAGAGGGCAGUCUUGUGCCAGGCCGUAUGGCCUGGCAGAGAAACCAAAGCUUGUUUAGGCCCAAGAGAUUUGGAACUUUAAGGUUGAGACUUCAAGCCUCCCCACAUUCUAGGAGAGGAACAAGGGGUCUGUUCUUGCUCAAACCAUCUGGAUAGAAACUGAGUCAGGCACUGAGUGGGAUGCUUCCAAGAUACACAAGGAUGCCUACUGUCAACUGAGCACUUGACUGUAAAGUGAAUAUGUACUGAGCAACAAGCCUUAUCUGCAGAAUCUCACUUCACCCUGAGUUCACACCAACCUCUGAGAGAUUAUUAUUACCCCCAUUUUACAGAUAAUGGAGCUUAGAUCUUGAAAAGCCUGGACACCCGCCUGAAGUAACAGAGCUAGGAAGCAUAGAGCAAGGAUUCUAGCCCACCUCUGUCUGACUCUGGUGCAGUUUCUCUAUUUUUAUUCAACAUUACCUCCUACUGAGGGUGAAAGGGGUUGCAAGGAGGUAAGUACAGCAGAGGGGAAAGACACAAGAAAGCCAAAAAAGAAGGCAACACAGCAACAUCAGUGAGUCAUGCCAUUCCUGCAUAGACCAGUUGGCAGCAAAGCCCUCCAACUUGGAAUAGGAUCUAUUUUUCCUCAUCUGUAUCCUCACCUUCAUCAGAGUUAAUGACUUUGAAGCUACUAAAGGAGUAAUUAACCCUUUGAUUCACUCAACCUACCAGAGUUGUGUUGCUUGAAGCCAAUUAUAGAUGGGCUUCAAAGCAGCUUUAAAAGAUUGUCCUGCAGAAAUUUAAAUGCUUCCUUUAAUUAUUUUUCCAACUUUGAGCAAGCUGCAGUCUUCUUGGACACUUUGUGGGAAGGGUAUUCCCUGAUGUAAGAGAGAUUUAAUUUUUCUACAGUGUUCAGAUAAAACUCUUAGGGAGAGUAUUGGAUGGUGUUGAAAUCAGCUCUUUCUAAAUCAUGUGAUAUUUUGACCGGCUAGAGAUGCAGAUGCAUAACUUCUAACUAUAAUUAUUGUGAGACUGGGAGCCUCAAGAUAAAACUAUCAUUCAGAAGAUGUUAUUACUCAACUUAUCCAAAAUCAUCCCUGCUUACUUUUUGGCAUUUUGUACAUUCUCUUUUGGAAUCUUUAAUUAAGGCUGAUUUCUGGAACAUCCAGCCUAGAAGGAAAACAUCAGAAUUGACUGAUUUCUGUGGUGUGGUUUGAAAAUUCUCCCUUGCAUGGUAUAAUCACAUUCAAGCUCAGAUUCAUGGAGGCUGUAACUGAACACGUGUCAAGAGUUUACCUCUCAGUGUUUUAUCCUGAAAAAAACCAAACAGACUUUCUGCCUGUUUGGUUUAGGUUUGUUUUUCCCUCUCACAUUUUGAAAAUGGUGCCAUGUGUUCAUAGCCAAUUACCCUGGAUGCAUUUUAUAGAUUUUGCAUUAUGUACCUUUUGAGACCAUGUAUUUAUAUUUGGAUAGAUUGAAUAUUUAUUAGUGUACAGUCAUUGCUAAUGUUCACAUAAAAAUAUUAUAAAUAUCUCUUAUGCUUUGUAAAGUACACCAAGUUAAAGGUGGGUCUAGCAAAUAAAGCUAUGCAUUUGGGAAAGUA